CCUUCCCCCACUUUCUCUCUCUAGAGCACAGAACCAUGACAUUGCUUCCCAGCAGGGCCUGCUCUGUGAAACACCACAAACCCUAACCAUUUCCCCUAUCCAAAAUCUCUCUCCACAAAGCAAAACCCUCUUCUGUCUCACCUGCUUUUAAGACCCCCCAAACUCAAAAGUCUCAUCUCCCUCUUCUGUCUCUCAAUUGAUCCCGACAAUCGUCUCUCUCUCUAGACCCAAAAAAAACACAGAAACAUUAGAGGUGAUAGAUAAUAAAAUCAAGAAAGAGAAACAUGAGCGAGAAGAAGAUGAGAGAAGGAACAAAGAAAUCUAUGGUAUGGAACACCACCACCCCACCUCCUACCAGAGGAGCCCCAGAGACCAGCUCCUACUUCCCAAACUGCCUGAAAUCCGCAAAUUGCAAUUGUGAAAUGUGCCUAGCAAGCAUCUCUGCAACCCUCGAUCUCCUCCCCAAUAACUCCUCUCUCUCUUCUUCUAUCUCCUCUCUCUCUCCUCUCACUUUGGCUUCCCCUUCUCAUCCUAAAACCCCAAUUCGACGAAAUUCUCUUUGUCCUCGCCCAAAUAUUGCUGGCUCGGCCCUUAGGUCCACUGCUAAGUCCAGGCCUAUAAAAAGCAAGACUUUGGAGGAUGCUAAAUCAUGGGUAAAUUGGAAAAUUUGUGGAUUUUUGGGUUUGGUUCUGGUGCUGGGAUUAAUGGGGCUUUCUGGUUUAGGGCUGUUUCCUUUCAAGGGAUUCAGGCCUUCUUUGACGGCAGAGAUGGUGGGGGAGUUUGGGUUGGGGGCUAGGAUUGUGACACGUGCCAGUGAGAGGAUGAAUUUUGUGGGGCUUAAGCUUGAGAAGAUUUUACCUGGGCAAGUCAAGAAUUGCAGUAGUUUGGAUUCAAUAUGGACAUUGAACCAGGAUGGUUUACUGUUGUGUUCUCGCUGCGUGCUCUACGAAUCAAUGGCAGAGGAAGUGUCUGUGUGGGGUUGGCCCCUCAAGACCGCAGGGGUGCUCGCUGCCGGAUUCAGUGACCGUUCCUUAACCAUUUUGUCCGGCCGAUUACUCGAGUGGCCCGAAGGGAAAUUGGAGGUGACAGUUCGUGGGGAGAACAGUUCAUGGACGCAGAAGAGAUGGUCGUCAUCAGUGGCUGAGCUUCAUCCGAUGACAUGGCUCCUCGAGUAUCGGAGGCACAUAGCUUUGCAAAAUGCAAAUGUUUUCAGAGUAGCCUAUGAAUUUUUGAGCUUUACAAUCUCCACCAAAUUCAAAGAAUUGAAGAAGAAGAAUCUUGGGAUGAUGCUUCCUUUUUCCCCCAAUUUGUAUCUGGACCAUGCUCAGGGUGACGAUGCAUUCAGAUUUCCAACUUAGAGUGUGUGACAAUAAUUUCAUCAGUUAGAAGAAUUUAGGAAUUGACUUUUGAUUUCAAAAAGAGAGAGAGAGAGAGAGAGAUCUAUAGUUGUGGGAAUUGGGGAGUAUUGAAACUUAGGGUCAUGCCUUAGUUUGAAAGUGAGAAAGGGAUACUCAUUCCUUGCGAGGACAAUUUGUGAAUGAGUUUUUCUAAUUAGGAGAGAGGUACUCAUACCUUAUGAGGAUCAUGUUACAAAAUUAAGUUAAAUUUGUGAGGACUUAUUUUUAAUUUUUUCUUUAAAAUAUAAUAUUAGGUGCAUUGUACAAAUUUUAUUUUUUUAUGUUCAAACUAACCAAGAAAAAAUCGUUGUACAAACUGCAUUGGGCUAUAAAAAAACAUUUGUUCAGACUUUACAACUGCUACUUACAUAUGGUAAAUGUUUAUAAAAAGCUGCAACCUUACUAAUAAAUGUCCGGGUUGCAGUAAUCUACACCAUCUAUUUUAUUUAGUGGGUGU